AUGGCGGACAAGUCGGCUUACAUGAGCGCUGGUGGAUACGGCUCUGGCUACAUGGGAUCCAAUGCCUCGUCGUCUGGAUACGCUCGUGAGGACUACGCAUCUGGAGGAUCCGGUGGAGGAGCCAACAACAACAAUCAAGGAGGAUCCGGAGGGGCCGCCAACCCAGGACAACAAGUAUUCAAGGCCCGCACUGACCAAUCUUGCUACCUCGGACCAUAA